UGGAUUACGUAGAAUUUUCCUUCUUUGAUACAUUGAAAUUUCUUCAUGCAUGCAUGCAUGCAGAAUAAGUUUUGAUUAAUGCAAAAAAUCAUGCAUUUUUUGUGCUGUGUAACCACCGUGGAUGACAAAAACACGGUGGCUGUACGUCAUCAUCGUCCGUCCAAACCUUCCUCCAAACUACACAACACCUUAAUUAGCAAAAACGAGAAAAAUGUUGAAACAUCCAGUGAUGAUAAUUUGGGAAAUGGAAUAUGUGGAAUAUUAUACAAAUGGGUACAUUUUGGUAGAGGAUGGAGGCCUCGUUGGUUUGUACUUCGUGAUGGUGUGCUUUCCUACUAUAAAAUACAUGGACAUAAUAAGAUUGUGAUUGUGAUUGAUUCUGAAAUGGAAAAGGGUUUCAGAGUCAUAGGGAAGAAAUCAUUUCGUUUCAUCAAUAACUACAAAAAUUCUCAUUCCAAAUCCCUCCAUCACAAACCAUCAGGUGAAAUCCACCUCAAGGACUCAUCAGUAAUGGGAAGUUGCUCAGAUGAUAGGAGGUUCUUGAUAAUUACUGGGAAGAAGAAGCUGCAGUUGAGGGCAGAUUCAAAAGAGGACAGGUUAAUAUGGUUGGAAGGAUUGUUUGCAGCAAGGAAGACAUAUUUAACAAGUGAUUUUGUUCAUAUGCCUAGAGUGAACAAUAAUUUCCAUGUUGCAACUAGGGAAAGCAAGAUGAAAGGAGGAAAUACAAGCGGAUGGGUUGAAGAGCAUUACAGGCAGGAGGAAACUGAUGAUGAUGUUCACACUGAUAACUUAUAUUUUGAUGCUGAAGAAGUUCUUUCUUCUUGUUCCUUGAGAACCGCCGAGUCUUAUGAUGAAAGCUCAUCUUCUGACUCUGAGAAUGAGGAUGUUCAUCCAUCUGAAGAUGGUCUUAGUUCUUUUAUGAGAUUUGUUAAAUGUGACUAUCCUUACGUAGAGCGAAGAGAAAAAUUGCCCGAACCAGUUGAGGAGGAGAAGGGAAUAAACCUUUGGUCGAUGAUCAAAGAUAACAUUGGGAAGGAUCUAACUAGAAUUUGUCUUCCUGUGUACUUCAACGAACCCCUCUCUUCUUUGCAGAAAUGUUUCGAAGAUUUUGAGUACUCUUACCUUCUUGACCAAGCAUAUGAAUGGGGGAGAACGGGAAAUAAUCUUAUGAGGAUGCUUAAUGUUGCAGCAUUUGCUGUAUCUGGAUAUGCUUGCACAGAUGGUAGAAAAUUCAAGCCAUUUAAUCCCUUAUUGGGCGAGACAUAUGAAGCCAAUUACCCAGACAAGGGACUGCGUUUCAUCUCAGAGAAGGUAAGUCAUCACCCCUUGAUUCUUGCAUGCCACUGCGAAGGUCGUGGUUGGAAGAUGUGGGGAGAUACCAAUUUAAAAAGUAAAUUUUGGGGUCCAUCAAUUCAACUUGAUCCAGUUGGUGUCCUUAACUUAGAGUUUGAUGAUGCAGAAGUAUUCCAGUGGAGCAAGGUAACCACUUCAAUCUACAACCUCGUUUUAGGGAAACUCUAUUGCGAUCACUUUGGUACGAUGCAUAUCCAAGGAAGCGGUGGCUACUCUUGCAAGCUUAAAUUUAAGAAACAGUCCAUUAUUAAUAGAAAUCCACACCAGGUACAUGGACUUGUACAAGAUAAAAGUGGGAAAACAGUGGCAACUAUGUUUGGGAAAUGGGAUGAAAGUUUGCAUUACUGUAAUACUUCGAUGGAUUUAGGGCAAGAUAUGGAGUAUUUGCUUUGGAAGCGGAGUAAACCAUCAAAUUUUGAAACGAAGUACAACUUUACAAGUUUCGCAGUCACCCUUAACGAGCUCUCUCCAGAUCUUCAGGAAAAGUUGCCUCCGACUGAUUCAAGGCUUAGACCAGAUCAAAGAUUUCUUGAAAAUGGAGAAUAUGAAACUGCUAACUCAGAAAAGUUACGACUAGAACAGAGGCAGCGUCAGGCAUCAAAGAUGCAGGAAAAAGGCUGGAAACCAAGGUGGUUUACAAAGCCAAAAGGUAGUGAUACAUAUCAGUAUAGAGGAGGAUAUUGGGAAGCUAGAGAAACUUGUAAAUGGGAAUCCUGUCCACAUAUUUUUGGUGAAGUUUCUGAAGAGAUUUGACUCUUUUACCCCGUUUUGCAAUUUUUAAGCAGUAAUGGACAGGCAAAAGGGGAUAUGGAAUAAGAUGUUAAAAAUAAAGUACAGAAUGUAAAUAGACAUAGACUUAGGCAAAAUGUAAAUGGAUAGAGUCAUAUAGUGUUGGAGGUGGUUGGAGGCAAAUAACACUAGGUGAUUUCUUCCCAUUUGUUCAAGCCUUAGUGGAUAGAGUUAUCCGGUACCUGUAUUGUUGAAAGAUAGCAGGUACUCCGUGGAAUUAGUCAAGAUGCAUGCAAGUUGGCUCGGACACCAUGGUCAUCUAAAAAAAAAAAAAAAGAGCAUGUUUGGCCUUUUACUUGUACUAUAUUCUUCUGUAGAAAGUUUCUUUUAUUCUUCUUUUUAGGUUUUCCAAGUCCACCCUACUGAAUAUGCCCCAAAUCUUCCUUGAAAUUCAAGGAACCAUUGUUCUGUUCUAUAGCUCGAAACUAUUUACUUCAGAUCAUAAGAUGUCAGGAUGUGCAACUUUUAUUUUCUAUUGUACAAACUUUACUACUACUCAAAAACAUUAUUUUCUAGUGACUC